UUGUGCUGUAAUGGCUGUCACAGCUGGAAAAGCAUCACUUGUGCAUUCUAGUUUGGAAAAUUUUCUUAGGGAGAUUUUUUUUCAUAUCAUUGAGCCAAGGAUAUUUCUUGUGAACCUUUUCAGUCUGAAAUACAUAAAUAUUGCAAUGGUGACAAUUCUGAAGAAUGUGACAAAUAUUUUAACAGCAAUUGGAGAAUUUUAUCUUUUCCGGAAGCGUCAGAAUCACAAAGUGUGGACUGCGAUGUUUCUUAUGAUAACAUCUGCCAUAAGUGGAGGAAUAACAGAUCUCUCAUUUGAUGCCACGGGUUAUGCGUGGCAAACUUUGAACUGCAUUUUAACUGCAAGUUACUCGCUCACUUUGCGACGAGUUAUGGACAGAGCUAAGCAAUUGACAGAAUCUGGAUCACUUAAUGAAGUUUCAAUGGUGUUACUAAACAAUUCAUUAUCUUUACCAUUUGCAGUCUUGUUGAUUCUCGUGUUCAAUGAAUGGGAUUAUGUAAUUAAUGCGAAUGUAAUAAGGAUGCCAAUGUUUUGGGUUGUUGCGACAGCUAGUGGGCUGCUUGGACUUGCUAUCAGCUUCAGCUCUAUGUGGUUUUUAAAUCAAACUAGUCCUACGACUUACAGUCUGGUUGGUUCCUUAAACAAGAUUCCUAUUUCUAUCGCUGGAAUCAUAGUUUUCAGGGUUCCUGUCAAUUUUCCCAAUUUCUUCAGCAUACUAUUUGGUUUAUUUGCUGGAAUAUUUUUUGCCAGGGCAAAGAUGUCGUAAUACUUAACAGGCCAAAGGGAAGAUGAAAACUCCUGGGAGAGUAUAUAGAGUUUCCCAUAAUCAAACAAAAAGUUGGAGUUAUUGUCCC